AUGCGAUUGUCAAAUUUAAGCACACUCGGUCUAAAAAUAUAAUGGUAGCUGUCUUUGCCUGUGUAAUCUCAAAUGAUACAGUGGCACCCUCAAGGUAAAGCUCCAGAGCAGCACCUGAGUGGUGGCGAUGUUAUUUUCUUUUCAGCUUCUUCAGUGAUUAUUAAAAACAUCUAUAUAGGUCUAGGCUUAAUGAAUAUCUCGCAUUUUGCUGAAUUACCUCAUUGUGUGUUACUGUUACAGUUUAUUUGCUUUGUGCCAUUUCGGUAAGUGCUGAACGAAUAAAGUUGUGUAAUAAAAUCCUACACAUUAUCAAUUGUCUAAAUAGUCUAUAAUCUCGACUGAAUGGAUAAGGGCUCACUUUUCCUUGGCCGAGUUGUACAACAAAGGCAACUGGGAGGGCGCUUAUCGAGUUUUGAGUGCCGUGAUUGGCUAUUGGAUCGAGACGCAGUCGUUCAUUGGCUUCCAUUUUUGGCACGGGCGGGGCCUUGGCGCUCCCAGGCAGGUAUGAAGGAGAGACGUGGGAGGCGGUUCGUAAACAGAGUGGGCGAAGAUGGCGUCGAAUAAGAAGAGUGGUGGGAAUAGCAGAUUUGAGAAAAGUGUGAAUGGAAGACGUUCGUCAAAACACAAAGAGGGUCCAGUGGUAUCAGCUGGUGACACCGACAGGAUCCACCUGAACAGUGAUGGACACCAAGGCUGUGUUUGCGGCCCUGUACGGCGUGUGCGAGGAAAAUGCAACGUUCUUCUCAGGAGGAGCCAAAGGGUCGCAGGGUGAUGCGGCACGGCGGCUGGUGGACGUCAUGAAGCUGAUCCAAGAGCACGCUCGCAGUCUGGAGCCUGUCAUCUCUGGCUUUGCUUCAGUUUACCAUCAUUUUGACUUCGACCCUCACAUACCUGCUAAUGGCUAUCGCUCCCUGGUCAAGGUGGUGCGCUGCUGCCUUCUCCACAUCAUCCAGAAGGGGCGCUACAUCACGGCCAACCGCCGCAGCAUCUUUUUUCGAGUGGCACACAAUGCUGGGGAAAUGGAGGCCUACUGUAACGCUCUGUGCCAGCUGCGCGCCCUGCUCUACCUGGCUCAACGCAUGCUCCAUGACAACAGCCACGGCAACCUUUUUUUCCAGGAUGAAAGUGGCCUCAGCGAGAGCUUUGUCCGUGAAUACUCAUCCAUGCACAAGGGCUGCUUCUAUGGCCGUUGCCUUGGCUUUCAGUUCACUCCAGCCAUCCGGCCCUCUCUCCAGACCAUCGCUAUCGGCCUUGUGGCCUUUGGAGAAAACUACAGACGUCAUCAGUCAGGAAUAGGUGUAGCUGCCAGCUCUUUCUUUAACUCAGGGAAGUAUGCCAUCGACCCAGAGUUGAGAGGGGCAGAAUUUGAACGCAUCACCCAGAACCUGGACGUCCAUUUCUGGAAGACUUUCUGGAACAUCACUGAGACCGAAGUCCUGUCGAGUCUUGCCAGUAUGACAUCCACUCAAGUUAAGGUGAACCGGGCUCUUUCUGUGCCUCCGGUGCCCUUUGACCUUCCCCUGGCAGCCAACCACAGAGCAUCUGUAACUAUAGCUCCGCCAUCAGCACACAUCGGCACUGCUCCUGUUCAGAUGAGGCUCAUCUCUUAUGACUUACAUGAAGGACAGGACAGUGAGACUUUGCUGUCUCUCUCCCGCUCUGAAGGGGGAGCCAUCUCUCUGUCGCUUGGGCUGAAGACCAAGCGCCUCCCCUCCUCUCCCUGCCUCCUGAUCCACUUCCAUGGGGGAGGCUUUGUGGCCCAGACAUCCAAGUCACAUGAGCCCUAUCUGAAGAGCUGGUCCCAGGACCUGGGUGUUCCCAUCCUGUCAGUGGACUACUCUCUGGCCCCUGAGGCCCCCUUCCCAAGGGCCCUGGAGGAGUGUUUCUACGCCUACUGCUGGGCUCUGAGAAACCACCACCUACUAGGUUGGACUGGAGAAAAAGUGUGUCUGGCCGGUGACAGUGCGGGAGGCAACUUGUGUGUGACGACAUCGAUGCGAGCUGCUGCCUUUGGUGUGCGAAUGCCAGAUGGCAUCGUGGCAGCCUACCCGGCCACCCUGCUGACUGCCUACGCGUCACCCUCCCGUCUGCUAACACUUAUGGAUCCCCUGCUGCCGCUCAGUGUUCUCUCCAGGUGUCUCAGCGCCUACGCAGGCAAUGAGCCGCAGACAGAGACGCAGGUAGAGAAGGUGAGCACACUGAGCCUGGUGAGGAGAGAUACGGCGCUGCUGCUCCGAGAUUUCCGACAGGGAGCCUCCAACUGGAUCCACUCUCUGCUGGAUCCCAAUAGAUCGUCAGCCUCCUCCAGCACAGCUGCAGAGGCGCCACCGGGAGCCACCGAUACAGUGAGGAAAAGCAUUUCAGAGGCGUCCAUCUCUUCUCCACAUGCCGACCCCCCUAUACCCUCUGAGCCUUCAGAUUUCCCCAGCAGGAAAUUAUCUGUGAAGAGCCAGACAUGCCAGGACUUGGGAUCCCACAACAAUUCUACGUCUCACAGUGCACCGCUGCUCUCUGAGCACACCCCAGAAGAUGUGAAUUUCUUCCUGUCCAAGGAUGCUGAUCCCUCUAUGUCCAGUGACCUGUCCUCGGUGGCCAUACCAUCCCCUGCUGGAGAGGAGGUGUCAGAGACGGGGCACCCUAGGGAGUUUCCCCAAGGGUUUGAGCCACUGCGCUCAGAGCAGCUGGCUGAGAUGAAGGUGCAGAGCUCUCCAGUGGUCAAGGAUCCUUUCUGCUCUCCUCUGCUGGCUCCAGAUAGCAUGCUGAAAGGGCUGCCGCCUGUACAUAUAGUGGCUUGUGCAUUGGACCCCAUGCUGGAUGACUCUGUGAUGUUUGCCAAGCGUCUGAGGGACAUUGACCAGCCCGUCACUCUGUGCGUGGUGGAUGACCUCCCCCACGGCUUUCUCAGCCUAUCGCAGCUCUCCAGGGAGACGAGGGAGGCCGCCAAUGUCUGCGCAGAGAGAAUUCGCGCCGUCUUCACCCAGACAGACACACCCCCAGAGCCACGCAAGCACCGCAAGCUAGAACGGACAGAUAGGGGUGUGUCAGCCUCUUCUGGGGACGCCAGUUCUCUCUUUGAGCUAACAGCCGGGAGAGGGGCUAAAAUUGCUGAUGGGGAGGGCUUAGUUGCUGUGGCAGCCCCAAAUAACACUGACGUUGGUGGUAUUGGACCUUAAAUAAGGUUAGCUUGGAAAAAAAAAAAAAAAGAAAAAUGGAAAGAGAAAGUAUCCUUAAAAAAAAACAGAAAGUGGAAGGGGGUGGGACAUUAUUGGAGAUUGCCCAGUUUUUGAGACAAAAAAAUAGAGGAACAUUAAAAUAAAACUUCCACUGCUUGACAGUAAUUCUCACCACGUGACUGCAUACCGUUAUGCACCGUAACAAAUGCCGCAGACAAGAUGAUCACACUCACAAAAGACGAUUUUAGAAUAAAAUGGUAAUUUAGCAGCAAGUUAGAUCAAAGAGCAGCACUCAGCCACACACGCUGCGCACGUACUUAACAGAUUCGCUGUUCGGCAGCGGAGGCACAGACAUAAAGCAGCGCAGAAGAUUCUUGAGACAAGGCCUGAAUGGGUGAUUCAUCUAGGCCAAGGCAGUCAUUUGAGGUCCUAAUCAGACAGUAGUAGGCACAGUAUAUGCUUCGGUGUGGAGUCAUUCGCAUCAAAAUGGCCACUUGUCCUUUAGGGUGCCACUCUAAAUCACAUUUAAUAACUCCACAUUGUGUUCUCCAUUACGCCAGUUUGGCAGUCAAUACAGCUCACUUUGUAGCUCUUAGUAACUCUGUUGACUCUCUCACAAAUAGGAUUUCAGAGCUGAAACACAACAGACUGAAAAGCUCUAAACUGGAUGAACAUCAUCAUCAUGUUAUUAACCAUGUGCAGUAGUAUUACCUGCAUUACUGUUAAUUCCACAUUUGUGAAUGUGGUCAGUAUGUACGUCUGCUUCUUGACACUCCACCUCCAGUAUCCCUGGACUUUCCGUUCGGUCUCAUAUCCCACUCCCAGGAAUGCAUACUGAUGGGAGGAAGUAAAUGCAGGAUAUUACUUAGGGACACAGUGCCCUAAUCUAGAUGCUGCCUGGUGCUUUUUUUUUUUUUUAAUAGUGCUGAUAUUACUAAUGCAAAGAUUGCAUUUUAUCGAUUGUCACAGUGAAAUUUGUGAAAAUGCACAGAGAUGCAUUAUUUUCUGAAGACAAGUACUUGCUCAAAAACUCUCUGUAAGUAAUUUCAGAACAAUCCUGGCUCUCUAAUGCUGAAACACGCAGUGUUUUUAUUUUUAUUAUUUGAAGUCUGAAAACGGGUGUUCUAGAUUCUCUCAUCUGCAGAACAUGAGUAAGAGAAAGGAUUAGCAACAGCAAAACACCCUCAGCUAUCAAUACAUACGUUAAACUCCACUGGGCUGAUUUCCUCCCAGCUUGUCCCCAUUCCUCACCAGGCGUUACUGUUCACACUACCUCCCAGCACAGUACAGGUCAGAGUACGGCUUCUUUUGAGCCAGGGUCUUUCCUGACUGGCAGUCAGUUUCUACAAAUUGGAAGCUUUUAGGCAAAGCUCCAGGACACUGAACAAGAAAUGAGACUCCGUGAGUGCUCUGUAAAAGGCACUGAACUUGUAUUUGGCCUAAACUAAAAGUGGGCUUGUGGUCCAAAUUUCUUUGAUCCUCACCAUCACAUCUGGGGUUGACUUUGUUUUUCCGAUGACUUGAGGACACUCGUCUGAGCGUAUUGCCACCGAAGCACUUUGAAGUACAAUAAAAUGUCCUUCGGAGGGUCAGUCCCUCUAUCAGGUCCAACUAAAUAUAGAUGCCAACAAUGCUGGCACUGUUCUGCCCUUGCCUGGUAGCAGGGCUAGGGUUGCCAGGUCUGUAGAGAAGGGAUGCUGUGUGAUGAAUAGGAUUUAGCCGAAUCUCUGAGUGCAAAAUCCUCCCCCCUGUAGAAGAGGAGGAUUUUCAGCAGCAAAGUCAUGCUACAGGAUUAGACCAUGCUCAGUUCUGUCAGCUCGUAGUACUUACUGCAAUAUUUUUAGUCAGAUUGAUGGAGAGAACCAGGGCCGUGAAGAGGAAGAAAGUAAUACACUCAUCCUCUCGGAAAUGCUGGGCUGAAGUUUGUAUUUGCUUUACUAGCCACUGUUUAUGCUCACUCUGCACUUUUGCAGAAGUUGAUUUGUCAAUCCAUGCAAGUGUAUAUUAAGCCUGAGCUUGUAUGUUUUUUUUCCCCCCCUUCACUUGGUCCCUGUAUGUGUGGCUUAAGUGAAGUCUGCAUGUGCUCACUCAUGUGAUCCCACCAGCCUCUGCAGUGUGUGGGAAUCAUGUGCGAGCUCACACAUGGACACCCGUCUUUCUUUGUGUCAUGUCAAGACAGGAAGGGCACUUUAGAGUCAGGAGACUAUUUGUCACAUUAAUCACCUUGUCAUCUGUUUUUGAUGUAGUCAAGCCCCUCUGGGACACCACUUGUGUGUAUGUGUGUAUGUGUGUGUGUGUGUGAUAUGUAUCGACUGGACUUGUUCAUCAGUACUGAAAACACUUCCACCUGUGUAGCGGUGGUCUUUAGCACUUUGUUGUAUAAGUUAUGCGAGAGAAAAAAAAAAAUGUGUCAAAUUCACCCGCUUGCUGUUCACUGACCUCCGUAUGCAUCUUACCCUUGAUGACCAUUCACGCAUUAGACUGACCUGAGUUGCAGAUAAUCGACCAGAGAGCCCAUCUGGUGCUUUCGCACAGAUGGGUUUUGCAGAGAUGGGCGGGAGCUACCUUUUGAGUUUCUGCAGCUCCUGGCACAUUUUUGGGUCCAGUGAUGCUGUUAUGCUGCCUGCAACUUACAGCCAAAAGGUUUGAUCUAGAAUUUUUUUUUUAUCUAGUGUUGCUGCUUUAUUACAGGGUCUUAACUUUUGAUGAUCCACAGAGCUUCAUAAUCACAAUGAGUUGUCGUUACGAGUAGAAACAGUUUGAGGUCUUUCAGUGAAAUGCUGCUCGGUUUUUCUUGGUUUAUCCGGUUGUACAGCACACCAACAGUUUAACUCCUCGAAAGCUUUUCUCACUUGAAAUGUUCUUUUCCCUAUGCUGAUUUUCGAAGAAGUGCAAUGCAAAGUGCAGCGCUGCUACAAACAUGAGCUUAGCUACUUCAGCUAUUGGGUCUUAAAGCUAUGCAGUUAUAUCCCAGCAUUAUGUCAUUUUUCCUUUCACAGUUUGUUUCCUCAGAGAUAUGGUGAUGCUGUCUUUUGUUGUAUUAUGCGUUUGAAUCACCUCAAGGUUUGACUUGACUGAUACCAAUACCACGACACUCGUUUGAGUUCGGAUAGUAUUCCUGGAAACCUGAUUCUUUCAUGAAUGCAUUAAAGCAUUAGACUGACCUCAGUUGCUACUCGGAAAUGUUUUCUGUUGAGAAAUACUCUUUUCAGCAAUCAGUUAGACGACCUGCAUCCAUGGUUAAAGUUUGAAGCAGAACCAAAGGCUGCAGCCGGAGUCCUAUGACAGAUGUGCUUGUCUUUACCAUUUGGUGUGUUUAGUGUUUGCUGUUAACUGGCGUCACUGAAAUCGCAGGUGCUAGCCAGUGUCAUAGCCUGCCUGUGUUGCAUAUGCAAAUUACUCCGCACUGUAAAAUGCUGUUACGAUGUACAAUAUUAUUAUCCUUUCAAAAGAAACAAGCCAUAGACUGGAAACAAAGCUGGUUUUAAGUUUACUUGUUUGUUUUUUUUUUUUAUUCAAAACACCACAAGUGCAAACCUGUGAAUCGUAAAAGAAUGUAUAUUAAACAGUAUGAUUCAUGGAGAUAUUUUUACUUUCUGAUUUGUUCGUCUGAUUGAUUGCAGAUUGAUUGGACUGCAUUUAAUUUGCAGAUUUCAUACUAGAAUGCUGUGACCGAUAGGCUGUUUUCCUCCUUUGUUGAUUUUUAUCUAAAUAAAUAUAUUCUCCCAUGAA